UUUUACUAGGCAGGGUCCAUCAUUUUAAUCAUGUAACUGUUUACUCCAGAUGUUAUGUGUUAUGUUCCUUAAAAGUUUGUCAGCAUUUCUUUAUGCUUGUGUUGCCACAAAACAAUUUGCUUGCAUGGUAACACUUGCCGAAUUAUGCAUUUAGAUUAUUGUUACCUUUUGGCAACCAAUUAAUAAUCCUUUUAUAAUUAUCUCUAGUGUUACACUCAAAUUCUAACAUGGCCAGUUUUUGCUUGUAUCAAAUACAGGCUACAAACGUUUAGAGCACCAGGCAUUACAGAGCAAACUGUAUAAACUGUAUGUACUUCUUUUAUCUGUAUAUUUUGAUUGUUUAAGAAACAAACCAGAAAAUGAAUGUCUCAUGCCAGCACUGGAAAAUGUGUUGGUGUCAGUUUGCUCUGUACUGGUACCUCUCAACUUAUAUAUAACUGUAGAUGUGUAACAGGAGCAGUUGACUUUCCAUAUUAAAUUUAGUUAUGUCUUGCAGAACCAGAGCUUGUGAUUGACGAUGGACAUUUUGGAAUCCAUAGUGGUGUUGAGUGUGUGGACUCUGGCUGGUUGACGUGCCAGACAGAAAUUCGUCUCAGGCUUCAUUACUCUGUGAAACCUCCAGUAUCUAUUACUAAGAAACAAUUUAAGAAAUCACGCUUCAGAUUGAAGCUGAUGCUUGAAGGUUUUGAGGAGGAUGAAGAGGAAAGCCCUUCAUCAUUGCAUAAGAUGACCACUACGCUGGAGACCAGUAUGAUCAGUGACAGCGAUUAUAAGUCUCGUCAUUCCCAGCCAGAAUGUGGAUACGCCCUUGAACCCUCCCAGUGGACCGAAUACAGUAUUCACACCAUGGACCCCGACAACCUAGAGCUCACCUUUGAGUUCUUUGAGGAGGACCUGAGUGAGACCGUGGUUCAGGGUGAUGUCCAUCCAGGCUACGUGGGCACCGCAUGCCUCUUGUCAUCUUUUUUCGUGGAGAGUGGCAAAGAUCAGGGUGUGGUCACACUACCCAUCAUGAGCCGAAAUGCCAGACAGACAAUUGGAAAAGUUAGAGUGGAUUACUUGGUGACACGUCCUAUUCAAGACUUUCAGUGUGACAUGAGGCAGUCUUUUACCAAAUACUGGAAGAAAAGGAGCGCUUUGGAUGUUGGACACAGAGGAGCAGGAAGCACACUUGCUCCCAAACAUCACAAGAUAAGGGAAAACACAAUUGCCUCGUUUCUAAGUGCGGCCAACCAUGGAGCUGCUUAUGUAGAGUUUGAUGUUCAUCUAUCUGAAGAUUUAGUUCCAAUCGUGUACCACGAUCUCACCUGCUGCAUUUCUAUUAAAAAGAAAACUGACAAGAACUCAAUGGUAUUGUUCGAAGUUCCUGUCAAGGAUCUUACAUUUGAUCAACUUCAGCUUUUAAAACUCGUCCACACAACUGCCAUGGAAGUUCAUGACCACAAAGACUUGCAGGAUGAAGAGGAGUAUAUAGAUGAGCACCAGCCUUUCCCUUCCCUUUCACAGAUAUUCCAGGCUGUUCCAGAUCAUGUGGGAUUCAACAUUGAGCUGAAGUGGAUUUCUCAGUUCAAGGAUGGCUCCUGGGAUGGUAAACUCUCCUCCUACUUCAACAUGAAUCAGUUCUUGGAUAUCAUCCUCACCUGUGUGCUGCAGAACGCCGGCAAUAGGAGAAUAGUCUUCUCAUGUUUUGAUCCUGAUGUUUGCACAAUGGUGAGGCAAAAACAGAACAAAUACCCCAUCCUGUUUCUGACCCAAGGAGUGACAGACCUCUACCCUGAACUCAUGGACAUCCGCUGUCAGAGCACUAAGAUCGCCAUGAGCUUUGCUCAGAGUGAGAACAUACUGGGAAUCAGUGCUCACACUGAUGAGCUCUUGCGAAACAUGGAGUUCAUCAGAGAGGCUCAGUCUAAAGGGUUGGUGGUCUUCUGCUGGGGUGACUAUAACAACGACCAUGAGAACAGGAUGAAGCUGAGGGAACAGGGCAUCGAUGGCCUCAUAUACGACAGUAAAACCCUCAAGACCUGCUUAGAGAAACUCUGUUCCUUUUUAUUGAAAUUUAAAGGAAUAAUUCACCCAAAAAUGAAAAUUCUGUCAUCAUGUAUUUACCUCUGCUCAUUCCAAACCUAAUACAUGAAUGCUUGGUGCCAAAGCCUAAUGCUUCAACUUCCUCUGAUGCCCGUAAUGUCAUCUGUUUCCCAGUUGUUGUUUUUUUUAUUUUAUUGGCAUUUGGCUGCUUCCUGACUUGUCAUUCUCACCGACUAGCACCAAGAGAACCGCAUUGUUUUACAGCAAUGAUGUGAGGCAGUAAAACUGGAGAUUUGUUUUUGAGUAGCUUUUAUUCAAAUGAUUCAGCACUGGGUUGAGGUUCAGCUGCCUGUUACAUCAUUCUGAGCAUUCGAGACUUCCUCUUUAUAUGGGUGACUUAGUUUCCCUCCCAGAACUCAUAUUACACAAAUUACAGUGCAGAUGUGCAUUUGUUUUAUUUCCACUGUGAAUUUUUCAGUACUAGCCACGUUAACAGUGCAUGAUUCCCCUCCGUGGACCUCAAUGACUUAAUCAUUGAAGGAUAAAUGAAUGAAUGAAUGGAUGGAUGGAUGAAUUAAUGGCUUCUGCUCUCAAACCAGCAUGAUUGAGGAUCUUGAUAAAGGCAUGGCAGAAAAAAGCUGCAUUUAUCUAUAUAUGAAUGAUCUCACUCUAAAUGUAUUUGCUGUGCCAGUAAACCCAACUUAAAGGGGUCAUAUGAUGUUGCUAAAAAUAACAUUAUUUUGUGUAUUUGGUGUAAUG